ACUGUCUGAUGUUGGGGACCGAGGUGGACCUGCAGCAGGUGGAGAACAGUGUGCUCGCCAUGGAGACCGUGUUGAAAGCGUGGCUUCAAGAGCAGGGAGGAGACAAAGAGCACCUCCACCUCCUGCUGCCCAGUCUACAAGACAAUCCCAUUCCAGUGCGUAUCAAGUGUGACAUGCAGGAGCGCCUCAUAAGCCCAGCGCUCAUCCCCAUGAGCUCCAACUUGGAGGUGAAGACAGAGAGCAUCCGCGACUUCAUGCCUGUAACGAAAGGAUCAGCCAAUCAGAGUCACCCGCCGCAGACGCUUAAAGCAUUAAAGACCCUGCGUGCAGAUGGACUCUGUGAAAGUGUGUUGUAUGGCUUGCCGCUGGUUAUCCGCCCCACCACCUGCUGGCAGCUGGACUGGGAUGAAAUGGAGACCAAUCACAACCUGUUCCACGCUCUUUGCCACACGCUCCAGAGUCGUGACUUGUUCCUGCUGCUGCAGGUGGAGCCCACACAGAGGUCAACAUCUGGAGGCACAGGUGUGCAUUCUCACUAUGUCCUCCAGCCAUCCUCGUCUCUCUCCCUCCUUCUGAAGCCUGUGGUCUGCAGAGAUCUGCUGCUGCCCUGCUCACUGCCUCUACCAACUCGGGAACCAACACCUGGUGCUCUGCAGGUUCUGCAGGGUUGUCUCAGUCAGCUGGACGAGGAGUUUAUGUUCAACCCGCUUUCUCUGAGCAGUAACCUGUACCAGCACCUCAAGAGCAGAGGCCUUCUCUCUCAGCCAAGAUACCCAUACAGGUUACAUCCAGCUGCUUCCCACAGAGAUCAGUCUCAGCCACCAGAGGGCCCUAAAUCCACAAACAAAAGACAACCGCGACAGGGUCGCCAACAGGGAACAAACAGCAAGGUCAGGGCCACUGUGGCUCCCUUCCCCUCUUCCUCUUCCUCCCACUCCUCUUCCUCUCUGGGACCUCCUCCUGCGAAGGCCUCUCGUCCCUCUCUGAUGCUCUUCAGCAGCACCAGCAGCAGCGGAAGCCGCAGAGCGCUGGCUCCUACUCGUCAGGUCAUGGACGAGAGCGGUGACGACGCCAUGAUAAUACAGUGAGAAUGCUUCAGUGUGGGUGGAUGAAGUUGACUGAGG